GUCCCCGCCUAGCAACGGGUCUGCUAAGAACUGGUUCGUAGCGCGGAGCCGGGCCAGACAGGCGCUCUUGCUCUUCCUCGGCCCUGAAGGGGGAUCUGCCGGCCCAGGGACCUCUCCUCGGACUCUCCACGCGUGUCUGGAGGGCUCUCGGGUUAGGGAAGUGGUGGCGGGGCGCGGGUCCUUUAAGAAGAAACGCGGGGCGCGGCCAGGUAGGGGCGGGUCCCGGGCGGAUCAGCGCUGCGCCGGCGCCGGCCCGGGAGCCGGAUUUGGAGCGCGCGGCGCCGGUGGGGGCGGAGGGGGCGGUGCGGUGGGGCCUCCCGUGGCCUCAGACGCUCCUACUGGCUCGCGGCCACCGCCCGCCGCCACUUGCGCCUCCAGCUCCUUCGCCCCGGCGGGCCCGGCCGCCGCUUCCGGCAGCUCACCUGGGCCGCGCUCACCUGGGCCGCACCACCUGCCUGCGGGCGCCUGGGCUCCAGGAUGAAGGACCGGCUGGAGCAGCUGAAGGCCAAGCAGCUGACACAGGAUGAUGAUACUGAUGAGGUUGAGAUUGCUAUCGACAACACAGCUUUUAUGGAUGAGUUCUUUUCUGAGAUUGAGGAAACUCGGCUUAACAUUGACAAGAUCUCAGAACAUGUGGAGGAGGCUAAGAAACUCUACAGUAUCAUUCUCUCUGCACCGAUUCCAGAGCCAAAAACCAAGGAUGACCUAGAGCAGCUCACGACUGAGAUUAAGAAGAGGGCCAACAACGUCCGCAACAAACUAAAGAGCAUGGAGAAGCAUAUCGAAGAAGAUGAGGUCAGGUCAUCAGCAGACCUUCGGAUUCGGAAAUCCCAGCACUCUGUCCUUUCUCGGAAGUUUGUGGAGGUGAUGACCAAAUACAAUGAAGCUCAGGUGGACUUCCGAGAACGCAGCAAAGGGCGAAUCCAGCGGCAGCUCGAAAUCACCGGCAAAAAGACAACAGAUGAGGAGCUGGAGGAGAUGCUGGAGAGUGGCAACCCAGCCAUCUUUACUUCUGGGAUCAUUGACUCACAGAUUUCCAAGCAAGCCCUCAGUGAGAUUGAGGGACGGCACAAGGACAUUGUGAGGCUGGAGAGCAGCAUCAAGGAGCUUCACGACAUGUUUAUGGACAUCGCCAUGCUGGUGGAGAAUCAGGGAUCCAUGAUUGACCGUAUUGAGAACAACAUGGACCAGUCAGUGGGCUUCGUGGAGCGGGCCGUGGCAGAUACCAAAAAGGCUGUCAAGUAUCAGAGUGAAGCCCGGAGGAAAUUGAUAAUUAUCAUUGUGGUAGUAGUUGUGUUGCUGGGCAUUUUAGCAUUGAUUAUUGGACUUUCCGUUGGGCUGAAAUAAGAGUGGCCUAAGAGGCUGCUGCACUGAAAUAAACUGAUUUCACUCCAGCCUGGUGUGGCCACCCUUGUCUUCAGAUGAGAAUGGAGUCUGAAUGGCCUUCCUGAGAGCGAGUGCAACCCGUUCCUUUGUUUCCUUGUGACCACCCUUGGACCUGACACUCGGCUAACAAUCCCGCCCUGGGGGAAUGUGAUCUACCUGAUGCGACCCUGAGUUCUCCUCAGAGCCUCCUCCUGCCCCACCGGCUCUCAAGUACCUUUUCUCCUGGACUGUGUGAACCCACCCUGCUUCCUUCCUCCCUGUCCUGUGUCAGAUUUUGCCUUGCACCUGAGAAAGCCCCUAGGAGAUCUGCCUAAGGUGCCGUAUUUUUCUACCUCAUGGAAUAUUCUCCCAGAAAUUGCAAUGUAUUUUUUUAGGGGAGUAUCUUCAACAAAGCAGAAGGAUUCUUCUAAGUAUGGCAACAAUAAGGCUUGCAUCUUAGUCUUCUACCUGGCAGGAUGCCAAUCCUGUUGGUUGUCCCUAUGUCCUGAAAACAUGAGGGACUGGCAGAUGUCAUUUUGGUCUGAAGAGUUGACUUGUUUGAAAUUCAGCCUUAAAUUAAGCCCUUAGUGGUUUUUCUAUAUGUUGUAGUCUCUCAUAUUCACUUGAGGGAUCAGGAUGAUGCAGUCAUCUGAGGUUAUGCUUUGCAAAAGGCUGAGGGUAUGGAAUAUUUGUUUCCAUGUCUGAGUCUUAGAAAUUGCUGUGAUGCUUUGUGAAGCUAUUGCCUCGGGGCCAAAAAUAAUCAGGGAUUUUAAACUGGGUAAGGGACAAGGUGCUAGAAUCUUAAGCUCUGGAAAUAUUUCAUGACACUGGUGUAUUCACUCAUGUGUUCCAGAUGUAUUCUAAUUGUGUAUGAGAUGUUUGUACACAUGCGUGUGUCUCUCAGGAAGUAGGAAAUAAAAAUGGAAGAUACUAUGACCUCAAAAAAAAAAAAAAGCCAACUUUGAGCUAGGAUAAAAAUUGGGUAAAGGACAUUUGCUUACCUGCAAAUGAAUCACUAUGGAAAUGUGGUCUUCUCGUAUCAUCAAGAAACUUGUUUUCUGGAUGAGUACUGGGAGAAUAAAAAUGAGAACUCUGGAGUGAGCUAAACUGAUGCCAAUUAAGUUUUUCUGCUUAGCAGACAGGAAGUAUAAUUUUUUGACAACCUUCCCCACAUGCUGCCUGUGCUAGGCUUGUCCUGAGAACGUCCCUCAGUAAUUUAAUAUUUAUGUGGCCUACAGGAUGUCCCAUCUGCAAGGCUGAGUCAGUUGGGGAACACCAGAGGCUACACAGGACCUCUUCUUGCUACUGGGUUAAUGAGCUUGGUGGGUUCUUUGUCUCACCCAUUUCUUAUCAUGUAAGCAGCAGCAGCAGCCGCCAGGAAAUCUUCAAGUGUAGCACAAGUCUGUGCUAACCCAGUGGUAAAAUCCAUUAGAUCCCCUGCUGGUCUCUGGCAGUCUCCUUGAUUUGGGGUACCAUGUAUAUUUUCAGCUUUGAUUUUAAUGCUUUCUAGGAUGGGGUGAGCACCCUUAAUCAAGGCACUAUCCGUUAGCUUCCUUUGUGAAGGCUACUUACUGCCAGUCACAAUCCAGCACUCAGACAGAGCCAAGGGGAUAUUCUGUUGCCCACGGCUAUGAUGUCAGACAGUGCAUGGGUUCUAGCAACAAGAAACAAGAUCUCCAAAGGCCUUUGCUCCCCUCUGACAUGGAGGCCUGGGGCUUACAGUUUGGAAUACAACAUGUGAAGGGUUUUUUUUGUUGUUGUUUAUACUUUUAAAAUGUAAAUUUGAUUAUUUUAUUGCUAAUUUAAAAAUAAAAAUGACUUUAUAUUGAUUGUGAAA